UGGACAUGAUUGUUGUUGAUAUGCAACCAUUUUCCAUCGUGGAAGAUAAAGGUUUCAAGGCCUUUGUCAACCUUUUGGACCCCACCUACAUUAUCCCGAAUAGGAAGGCCUUGGGAAAAAUGGUGGAUGACAAAUACAAGGCUACCAAGGAGAAGGCUAUGGCUCUUGUGAGCAAGGCCUCUGCUGUUAGCCUGACAGCAGACAUGUGGACUUCCAUUAAUAUGGACGCCUACUUGGCUGUAACGUGCCACUUUAUGACUGAGGAGGUGCAGCUUUCCACAGUGGUUUUGGGGGUUCAAAAGUUUCCCCAAACCCACACUGCAGCUCACUUGGCUGAGGCCAAAGAUGUCCUCAUGGAAGAGUGGGGCAUUAAGGGGAAGGUGACAGGCCUGGUCACAGACUGUGCUCCCAAUAUGAUUGCAUGUGCCAAUUUACUACAUCUUCGGCACAUAAUGUGUUUUGCACACAUGCUGAAUUUGGUGGUAAAGCGGUCCCUUGCCCAAACCCCAGAACUAGAGGACAUCCGGAGUCGGGGGCGCAAGAUUGUUGGGCAUUUUAAGUCCAGCACUACAGCCAAACAAAAGCUCUCUGAGAUGCAGCAACAGCUGGCCAGGCCAGAACAUAAAUUGAUUCAGGAGGUGAUUACUGUUUGA